AUGUCUUGGUUCGGCAGAAGCGAGGGCGGCAACGCAUCCUCGAGCGGCAACGCCUUUGCAGGCACCGGUCCGUCGCGGUGGAUCAACAUGGACACGCAGAACAUCAAGAACUUUGGCGGCGAACUCACCGGCGAGAACGACGCCUUCUCGAAAACGUUUGGCAUCGAAUUGACACGCCAACAACGAAUGAUUGGAUUCGCAGCAUGCACAUUGGGUGGAUUCGUCAUUUCGUUGCUCGGAACUUUGCUGCUCUUGACGGGCUCGCUAUCGGUCUUCGUUGUGCUUUAUGCGGUCGGCGUGCUGGUCUCGCUGACAGGGACAGGCUUCUUGAUCGGGUUCAUGAAGCAGUUCCGGCAGAUGUUUAAGCCAGUGAGGAUUGCGUUUACCUUGGUCAUGAUCCUCGCGUUCAUCAUGGUAUGGGUGUCAGUGUUUGCCAUCGGCAGCACCGUGCUUGCCAUAGUCUUUGUGAUUGUUUUGUAUGUCGCCUUCUUGCUCUAUUCGCUGAGCUACAUUCCAUGGUGCAUCGACUUUAUCAAACGCAUGGUUGGCAAGCUCUUCUGA